CUUGUGUAGGAUGAUAACGCAGUGCCGGCAGCGUGGUACACCUUGCACAGAGCAGGAAAGCAACUGUUAUGCUUUGAUGUAAGAAGCAGCAUGUUCUGUGCGUUGGCAAGAGCAAACCCAAGGAAGAGGAACCUGCAGUCUGCAGCUGUGCCGAGAGCAAGCUGCUCUGCAGGGUGGGACCAGGAGCAGUAUUUCUGCUGGAGGUUAGAGGUGUGCAACCUGGCUGCAGAGCUCGUGCAGCUCAGGGUUAUCACUGACCCGUGGCAAAAGUCCUCUGUGAGGCUCCAUGGAAUGUUCUAUUUUCUCUGGAACACAGUGGUUACCAGGCAGUGGCCGCAGUGAACAGCAGCUCUCCUGCUGUCAACUUGACUGCUGUGCAUGCUAGUGCUGGGGGAACAUCACCUCUGGGAGCCUUAGCCAGAAGCCUGCCCUCCUCCUGGAGCAGAUGAAGCUGCUUCCCUUGCAUCUGGCUGUGUGUUGAGUCUGGAGCUGGCCCAAGAACAUCUGACAUUGGUGACACUUCAGCAAGAAGAAAGGAGGGGAGACACGCAGGAUGAAACAUGUGGGAUUGGGAAAUGACCCAACAACCAUCUACUGACUUUGGCAGAUAGAGCUGACCAUCGAUUGGGCACCUCCUUCAACGUCACGGGGCGGGUUUCCUUUUCAAGGAGGGUGUUUCCAUCCCCUGCGUUGUCUGUUUUGGCUAUAAAAGUCUGUACUCAGCAUCGGCAAUUCAAACACCAAAAUGGAGAUGAAUGGAGAAAAGCAGGAGAGCUCCAGCAUGGAGGAAGGCAGGAAGGGGAGGAUGACGCUUCCUCUUGCGCUGGUAACGCUGAUCUCUGCCUUUGGAUCAUCCUUCCAGUACGGCUACAACGUGUCUGUGAUCAACUCUCCAGCCCCGUACAUGCAAGACUUCUACAACCGAACCUACAUCGGCAGGCAUGGAGUCCCCAUGGAUGCGAGCUUCCAGACGCUGCUGUGGUCCCUCACCGUGUCCAUGUUUCCCCUUGGUGGCUUCUUUGGGUCCCUCAUGGUGGGACCUCUGGUCAACAACUGUGGCCGAAAAGGCACCUUGCUGAUAAACAACAUCUUCUCCAUUGUUGCUGCAGUCCUUAUGGGAACCUCCGAGGUAGCAAAAACCUUUGAAGUGAUCAUCAUCUCCCGUGUUAUCAUGGGGAUAUAUGCUGGUCUGGCCUCCAAUGUGGUUCCCAUGUUCGUGGGAGAACUGUCCCCCAGAAAUCUCAGAGGUGCAGUUGGGAUAAUGCCCCAGCUCUUCAUCACCAUUGGGAUCCUCGUAGCUCAGAUCCUCGGCCUUACCAGCAUCCUUGGGCAUGUUAAAGGCUGGCCCUUGCUCCUGGGGCUCACUGGGAUCCCAUCAGCACUUCAGCUCCUUACAUUGCCCUUUUUUCCUGAAAGUCCCAGAUAUCUGCUGAUACAAAAGGGCAAUGAGGAUCAAGCACGACAAGCUCUGCAGCGUUUGAGAGGCUGGGAUGAUGUGGAUGAUGAGAUAGAAGAAAUGCGCCAAGAAGACAAGUCAGAAAAGGAAGAGGGGCACCUCUCUGUGUUCACCCUGUGCACCUUCAGAGGCCUGCGCUGGCAGCUCAUCUCUAUCGUUGUCAUGAUGAUGGGCCAGCAGCUUUCAGGAGUCAAUGCAGUCUUCUACUACGCAGAUAGAAUCUUCCUGUCAGCAGGUGUGGAGACCAACAACGUUCAGUAUGUCACCGUGUCCAUAGGUGCCGUCAACGUUGUCAUGACUUUACUUGCUGUUUUCAUUGUGGAGUCCUUGGGAAGGAGAAUGCUGCUUCUUGCUGGCUUUGGGUUGUGCUGCGGCUCCUGUGCAGUGUUGACUUUGGCCCUCAACCUCCAGAAUACGGUCUCGUGGAUGUCUUACCUCAGCAUAGUGUGUGUCAUCAUUUACAUCAUCGGACAUGCUAUUGGAGCCAGUCCAAUCCCCUUUGUGCUGAUCACUGAGAUGUUCCUGCAGUCGUCCCGACCUGCUGCCUUCAUGGUGGGGGGCUCUGUGCACUGGCUCUGCAACUUCACUGUGGGACUCGUGUUCCUCUACAUGGAGGCUGGACUAGGGGCCUACAGCUUCCUCAUCUUCGGUGGAGUAUGCCUUGCCAGCAUCAUCUACGUCUUCUUCAUUGUUCCCGAGACAAAGAACAAAACCUUCAUGGAAAUCAACAGGAUCAUGGCCAAGAGGAACAAGGUGGAGAUUCAGACAGAUGUAGAACAGACGAUGGAUUUGCAGACCGUUCCAAGCGUGAAGGAAGACAAGCCAGAAGUUUCGGGCAGUGAGCUGUGAUACAACCCAGUGCUUGGCCUGGCCCAUGUGUGUUUUACACGGUCUGAUCAGUGGAAGGAUAUGGCUCAGUUCUGAAUUUCAUUCAGACUUUCAGCACAACUCACACAGAAGUUUUCAAAUACGCCUUUAUUCUGUCUUAAGGUUGUUCUCAUUAGGAGUAAUCAGUAGGAACAGUCUGCUUUGUGGCACAGUGACUUCAGAGGCAAAUUUCCCAUUCCUUGUAUUUGUCCUGUGACCAAGGAACUGAUGUCACAGUGUGGUGCACGUCCCUUAUGUCCUGACUGACCCAUCUCAGGUGACACAGAACAGCACCCGGGCUGGCUUUUGGUCAGUCAUGUGCAAGGAGUGUAUUGUAUUCCUUGACCAUUCCUUGAACAUGAAUUUGAGGGUCCAGCAUGCAUGAGGACAGGCCUUUGGUGCUUGGUAUUCUGAGUGGAGAGUGUGUCAGAUGUGCCAAGGUCCUCUGAUAGAUGGGUUCGUAGUGGCAUGUAUCCUGUCACCUAUACAGAGGACCAUAAGACUGGAAAUGCAUAUGGCCUUAUUCUCACCCCUGCCCUGCUCAGCAGAUGGACUCCUGUAAAGUGAGCUGUUGCUGGUGAGUCCUUCCAGAGCUUUAUUCUUGAGCUUAGGAGUGUUCCAUUGGCCCCAUGCUCAUUCAUGGACUGCUGAUACACAGUUGUUCCUGUGGCACUUGUCUUUGGAAAUAGCUCCUUUUGUUCCUUAGUGCUCACAGAUCAGCUGCCAAAGAAUUUCAGCUCCUUUCCUAAUCCUUUCAUAGCCCCCAGAGGUACACUCUGCCUACAUGAGCCAAAUGGAGCUCAUUCAUUCCCAGAGAUAUGUGAACUCAUUGUGUGCUGGGGUCAGGUUUGGGCAGAUUCCUGUGCAGUGACCAUGGGGCCGUGUUUCCAAGCACAUCCAGAUCUGCCUUUAAGCACCUUGGUGUGAAGCCCUACAGAUAGUUUUCCAAGGAAUUAAUUCCUCAGGGACCUGGCCUCUUGGAAACAUUCUCAGGUGGUUUAAAGCUUGGUCCUCGAGCUGUUCCUUCUGGCUGUGUCCCUAAGGGCACAGCUCCACCUGACGGCUGAACUGCAUUGGAGAAGCUGAGUCUGAAGGACUAGAUCUGACUCACCAAGGACAUAAAAGUGCACACUGAUAAAUGGAGGAUUUAUUAUUUAUUAGUGCAAAGGUUUUUAGGGUUUAACUACAUUAUUUAACGUGUGGGAAUAGAGUUAAUUGUUGUGCAGUGUUGCUGCUGUCUGUUGGGGGGGAGAAAAAAGCAGAAUGGUUCAACAGCCUGGCAUGGACUUUGCUGAUAGCCCUUCGUGUGAUGAACUUUGACUUAAGAGAUGAGUUUCACACAGGCCUCUGUCUUGUCUUGUGAUGUGCAUCUGUUGGAAAUGAAGCUGCUCCCAUGCUCUGUCUCCAUC